AUGAUCAAGAAGGAUAAACCAGAAAAUUCUAAUGAAAAUUCAUUAAAUGAUGAUGAUCAGAGAAUAUAUAGAAAUUAUUCCUAUAAAACUAUCAAUUGUCUAGUGGAUCGACAUCAUGGAUGGUAUACCGAAAUGAUUCCUGUAGAUAUACAAUAUCACCAUUAUAAAAAACAUCCAUGUGAUUAUAUUGUACAAACUAAUUACAUAACAAAUAAAACCAAUGAUUCAAUUAAUAAAUCAAUGAAUAAUCCAAUACAAGAUAAUGCAAUUAAUUCAACUGGUAAAUUUAAAUUAUUCUCAAUGAUCAAUUUGUCAAAUUCUAAAAUCUUAAAAUCAUGUAAAACUGAAAAAUUUCGUAUAAAUUUAAUCUUACGAUUACGUAGUAUAUGGUCACGUUCAUCAUUGAAAUCUCAACGAAUUGAAUCGAAACAUAUUCAUAUGUCUUUUAUAAAUUAUGAUCAUAAUCAUAAUCAUAAUCAUCAUCAUUAUAAUCCCCGUCAACAUCAUCAUCAUCAUCAUCGUCAUCAUCAGAAGCAAAAGCAGUAUCAUCAUCAACAUCAACAAAAUUGUCCAUGUCAAUCUCAAUCUACUCAUGAUCCAUUGAAUAAUCCAUUAAAAGUAGAAAGAUUAGAUACAGGACAAAUGAUUGACUAUUCAAAGCAACCUAAUGAUAAUAUACAAAUAUUAUUAUCUCGGAAAUAUCAUUCUGAGAGUUGUUUAUUUUAUCCUUAUAAUAUGCAUAAUUAUAUACAUAAAUGUUCACAUAUUCAUUAUCAUUAUGAUUAUAAUCCAUGUUCAAAAUCAAUUCAUAAUCAAAUAAGGAAUGAGAACAAUAAACUUUCAUGUCAAUUAUCUAACAUAAAAUUACAAUCAUCAUAUAUUAAACAUUCUUUAACAACCGGUAAUAUAUGUUGUUUAUAUACAUUAAAUUGUGUACCAUCACUUGAAUGUAUAACUCAACCAAUAUCAUCAACAACAUCAGAGUUAAUGUCAUUGUCAUCAGCAUCAUCAUCAUCACCAUCAUCAACAUCAGCGUCAACAUCAGCAUCAUCAUCAUCAUCAUUAUCACAUCGACAACAACAAUUCAAUCAAACAGAUUAUAAAUGUUCCAAUUUACCAAGCACAUCAAUUAUGUUAAAUACAAGAAAUAAAUGGAAAUUAAUAUCACCAUUUGAAAAACUUAAAUAUCAUCCAUUCUAUAAAGAUACACAUUGUCAUUUAGGUAAAUGGAUACAACAAACCUUAACAAGUAAUGAGAUGGAUAAUAAAGAUCAAGAUAAUAAUAAUGAUAAUAAUAAUAAUAAUAAUAAUAAUAAUAAUAAUAAUAAUAAUAUGAAUUAUGAGAAUGAAUUAGACAAUGAAACCAUGAAUAAGAAUCAUUCUAAUAAUAAUAAUAAUAAUCAGUUUAUAGAUAUUACAAAUUAUCUAAAUUAUAAUAGAUUAUCGGAUACUUUCAAACAUGUACAUUUUGCUGAUGAAUCCACUUAUUCCUCUUUAACAACAUUAAAUUCAUUAUCAAGAUCAUCAUCAUUAGGUUCAUGCAAUUAUACUAAUGAUUCAUCAUCACCUAAAACAUCUUAUGCAUCAAAUCAAUCUCCUAUAGAUAGUAUAAUAAUGAAUGAUAAAUAUACAAUAAAACAUUCAUUGAAACGUACUAUAUCUAAUCCUAAAAUGAAUUCAAAUAAAAAUAAAACACCAUUAGUAACAGUGAAUUUAUUUCAUGAUGAUGGAGAAUUAUCAGAAUUACCUCUACGUGUAGUCGAUCGAUUGGAAACAGAGAAAUUUAACAGAAAAUCAUCUGAAAAUCGAAAUAGAUCAGUGAUACCACAUAACCAUUCAACAUACUAGUCUCAAUUCUUUUCUACCGGUAUCGAUGCACAUAAUAUAAACCAUGUUAUCAAGUUCAGAGAUUUCUGAUUAUUGUUACUAACGUAUACUGAUUAAACAAUGCC